UGGCGUGGUUGUUCCUAUGGAAACCGCAGUGCAGUUUCAACAUAAAGCGCAUUUAAGGACACAAAAUAAGGCUGGUAAAUGUUAAUAUAUAUUUUUUUGUUUACAAUUUGAGACAAUUAUUAGUCGAAAUAUAAAGUUUUGUUCUUAUUUAUUUAAUAAUAAUAAUAAUAUAACCAAAUGGAGAAGUAGCAGCUUAAACAAGAACACACCUUCUCUAUAGCGACCCGCAAUAUACCGUACUUUAAUUUAUGUUUAAAUUAAAUUCACUAUUGGUGAAACGUUGUAACUUUAUUAUUUGUUGUAUGGAGUAUAAACGCCUUAAUUUAGUCAAAACUGGAGUGGUGUUCGUGAUUAGCUAAUAGUGUUAUAUAUUCCACAGCAAGGUUAAAUUCAACCAGCCUUCGUGUUUUUGUCGGUAGGCCUGUGUGCGUGUGUAUGUUUAAGUAAUUAUUUUAUUUUGACACCCCGAGACCUGUGAGUAAAUCGUUGUCUUGGCAGGGGCAGAGUGUGAUGCAUUAAUUUCCAUGGCAGCCGUUCAUUUUAAUUAGUAAAUGUAAUUUUACCCAGUAAGAUUUAAAAAAAAAAAAAAAAACAAAUAACAAAAAAAUAAAACACAUUAACUGCUAAUUGUAUGGACCUGCACAGAUUGAUUGACGGAUAAUUAACUACAAUAAACCACUUUGGUCGCGAAACUGAUCGACUUGGGGCGGGUUUCAGAUUUCCUUAACAUUAAUAAAUUACAACUCAACGCAAAAGGGAAAGUCACAAAUUGAACCGGGUGAUUGUCGCCACUGAAAUGUGUAAAUACUAAUUCCCCGAGUACCUGAUUUGCAAACCUCAUCUGAGUUGGAGUGACGUUGAUCCUGUGAUGCUGAAUGCCUUAGUGGCGUUGUGAGUCAGCUAGCAAACAGCCACACUCAAGCGUUAAUAUCGGGGAAAAAACAGCCGCAUGAAACAAUGUGAUUUGCGAGUUUAACCGUUAUUGUAAUAAGAUUAGAAGAUGUCGUAUAUCAGCAAGAGUAAGACGCCUGAUACAAUUUUGAAAUGAGAAAAAUUGAUUAAUUCAAAUGGGACAAAACCUGAGGGAGCCAUGAAGGAUCUCACAGAAGAGUCCAAGGACCAUCAGCUAACGGUUGCUCUCCGUAUUCGUCCAAUCAAUGAUGGAGAGAUAGAAGAGGGUGCUACUAUAAUAGCUCACAGAGUGGAUGAUCAGAUAGUAGUUCUCCUGGAUCCAUCUGAAGAUCCCGAUGACAUACUGCGAGCGAAUCGGUCCAGAGAAAAAACUUUUAUGUUUGAUGUGGCAUUUGAUCACUCCUCAACCCAGGAGGAAGUUUAUGUUGCCACAACUAAGAAUCUGAUUGCAGGAGUUGUUUCUGGUUACAAUGCAACAGUUUUUGCUUAUGGACCAACAGGUGCAGGGAAGACUUACACCAUGCUGGGACUAGACUCUGAACCUGGGAUCUAUAUUCUGACCCUAAAUGACCUGUUUAAGACCAUUGAAGCUGGCAGUGACAAUAUGGACUAUAAUGUAUCCAUGUCAUACUUGGAGAUCUACAAUGAAAUGAUUCGUGACCUCCUAAACCCUGCAUCUGGGUAUCUGGACCUGAGAGAGGACUCGAAAGGUGAAAUCCAGAUUACAGGCAUCACAGAGGUCUCCACCAACAAUGCUAAAGAGAUUAUGCUACUGCUAACUAAAGGAAACAAACAGCGGAUGCAGGAGCCAACAGCAGCUAACAGUACCUCAUCUCGCUCUCACGCCGUACUGCAGGUCACGGUGAAACAGAAGAGCAGAGUGAAGAACAUCACUGAGGAGGUGCGGGUGGGGAGGCUCUUCAUGAUUGACCUGGCAGGAACAGAGAGAGCAUCGCAGACACAGAAUCGAGGAAAAAGAAUGAAGGAAGGGGCACACAUUAAUCGCUCACUGCUUGCCUUGGGAAAUUGCAUUAAUGCCCUUAGUGAGAAAGGUGGGAACAGGGCACAAUACGUCAACUACCGGGACAGCAAACUCACACGGCUUCUCAAGGACUCUCUAGGUGGGAAUAGCAGGACAGUAAUGAUUGCUCAUAUAAGCCCCGCCAGCACAUACUUUGAGGAGUCUAGAACUACACUCAUCUAUGCUGACCGUGCCAAGAACAUCAAAACCAGGGUGAAGCGCAAUCUGUUUAAUAUGUCAUUCCACAUGGUCCAGUAUACCAACAUAAUUGCGGACCUCAAUAAAGAGAUUGAGAGGCUAAACGCCAAGAUAUGUGAGCAGCAUGCGAUGUUGCAGAAAAAAGGAGAGAGGGCUAACAUCAGAGAUGUCCAAGCCGAGGUGCAGCAGCAUUCAGCUCAGUACAGCUGCAGGGAGCUGGAUCGCGUGAAGGAGCAGCUGAUCAGUGCAUUUAGAGAGCAGAUGGAGAUCCGUCGGAGCCUCGUGGAACUAGAGAACUCAAACAUGGAGUUGCACAUAGAUACCUCCAGGCACCUAUUGACAGUUGCAGACUGGGAGAGGGAGAAGGCACGUUGUGUCCGUAAAUGGCGGGAGGAAAGGCGCAGUGAAAAAGGGGAUAAAGACCAGGAAGUUCCCGAGAAGGAAGCCGGAGGUAGUGAGGAUGUGGAUUCACCCGAGCCUCGGGAGGUGGCAGCAGCACGGGAAGAGAUUGGGAUAUUGUUGGCAGAGGAAAGGAAAACUAUGUCAUUAAAGUCGGAAUUGGAACAAAAACUUUCAAACACAAAAAUGAAGGCGUUGAAGAUUGAGGAGCUGUUACCAAAGCGAAUAAGCAGCGAGGAUCAGCGGGAGAUUCUCACCCUGCUCUGUAAAGUGCAGGAGCUGGAAGUGGAGAACACAGAGAUGCAGUCUGCUCUACUGUGCAAGGGAAAUAUCCUGCGACAGAAAGAGUUUGUCAUCCAACACUACGAUCAGCACAGGACGCUUUGUGAUGAGAUCAUACAGCUGCAAAAGGCCCUCAUUGAGGACCACCAGUUGCCUGUACCUCAGCAACUGGAGGAGCUCUAUAGACUGUACUUCCGAGAAGCGGAAGAGGGAAAUCUUGACCACAUUUUGACUCUCCACAGUAUCACCUCCAGUGCCUUGCAGGAUGGGUCCAUACUAAAUGUGGCAAGGCAGCUGAAUCUAGGGGAUUUAAUUGCAGAGAUGGAUAAAGAUGACUUUAUAACUAGGACAGUUGUGCAUGAAAACAGAAAGUUACUUCAUCCACGAAUUAAGGACUGUCUUUCUGAAAGUGACAGCAAUAAAGUGUCUACAUCGAAAUCACAUCAGGUGAGGCGAGGUCCGAAUAUCACCCCCCCACCUACAAGCCUUCAAGGACAGCCAUUGCUGAAGCAGAUCAAGAGCAAUGUAAAGGAGCGCAGUGGCAGUCGACGGUCCAACAUGUCAUUAGAAACUGAAAGCAGCAAAGUGAAACAGCAGACGGGAGGUAAACAGAUGAGCCCUGAAACCAUAAAGGAGAUUGUCACGGACACCAAGAGCAUUUCUGCCAUUGCAGCAAGGCGGCGUUCCCGCAUGCAGGCCAUUGACUCUGCGAUUGGGCUCUCGCGACAGAAGGAGCGCAGUCAGAUGUCGGUGCACUCCUUGGAGGAGGUGGAGGAGGAGCCCCUAGGGAGAGCAAUGUCCCAGCCCAACACAACACCAGCCUCUGAAAUAAAGCAGGCUAUCAGUAUUGAGUCAGUAAUGUCUACAGAGGAUAUGGAAGGCAAAAAGAGCUUGUCACUGGUCUUGGGCAGCUCGCUGUCAAAUAUCAAACAAGAGUCGAGAAAGGCAGUAAAGAGAGAUGACUCCAUUGAGAAAAAAGCACGGAAGAAACGCUCAAAGUCAUUUGAAGUAAACACGCAACAGAAACCUAUGAACCACUCUCAGAAGCAUAUUCUUCAAAGUACUUCUGACAAUAGGCUUGCUCAUCCUUUCAAAGACACCAGCCAGUUCUUGCAUUCAGAGGUGCCUGGGAACCCUGCCACCCCACCAGCAACAAAGAUCAAAUAUCCCAUCUCCCAUCGUGCAGGUGAAGGUCAACUACAGAAACUGGAGAUGAGGGGUACCCAUCUUAGCACUGUCCAUCAGAAAAAUGCUGAAGGUAGCAAGGGGCAGAUUCUACAAAAAAGAGUCAGAGAACCAGUAGCAUCAUCUAGCACACAUCCACUUCUGCUACACCCUGGGAAUUUCAAAAGACAAUACAAUGUAAAUCCACGAAGGCGGGGAGUGACCACUGAAAAUGCCAUAAAAGGUAAUAACAGAAACAAAAAGUGAAGGCUUUCAGUGUGGAGCUUUCACUGGGAUUUAGCAGAAAAUUGAAAAUUGGAUUAAAGUGGAUUUGAACAGUACAGACAAAGUAGAGUCUGAAGGAAUCAAGCUUUGCAAUGAGAAGAAUGUACUUUGAAUGCACGAUAAAACUGUCUCUGCACCUUAAAAGACUGAACCAUCUUUACUGCUGAGCAAACUGCAAAGACUUGUUCCGCACCUUUUUCAUGAAACUUCUCUUUAGUCCCUUAGUUACAGGCAAUAAGACACUGAAUACUUGUUUGAAAAUCUGGAAUGAAAAGUAUUUGUUUGCAGAAAAGGUUUAAUGAAACUGAUGAAAUAAUUAAAACCAGCACUGGUUCUUUCUUUUUUUUUUUUCUCUCAAACAUGUUAUGUAACAAAUGUUUACUGAUAUUUUCUUAUAAAAUACUUCACAUUUGAUACACUUGACACUGGAUGAAAAUAUGAAGGACGUAUAUUGUAUUUAGGUUUAUGUUUGAUAUGAUAGUUCCAUUAUUUGUUUUGCCCUACAAACAAAAAAGCACUUACAGAAUAAUUUAUACUAAAAGCUAAUCAUAUCAUGGUCAUUAUAUACCAAAGAAGUCUAAAGGAUGGUGUAUAUAUUUACAGUAGUUUUCAUGGUUAACAUUGCUUUUAUAGCUCCUCAGGAUACUGCACUUUAAUUAUUUACCAAGCUUAUUCUGGCUUCCUCAUGUGAUAGUCCCAUCAGAAAUACCUUACUUAGGUGUAACCAUUCAUGUCUACAUUCUUUUUACCUGCAAGAAAUACAACUUUAAAUUCAGAAACACUUUUUAAAGGACCACAAGCUUUGAUUAAAAAGCUUUAGCUAACCAGUACAUGCAUUGCGUUUUAAUUCUUUAUACAUGUAUUUGUAUUUCAUGAAUAAAGUUUUGAAUGCAUUUUUAUGGUAUUUUAUCCUUUAUAUGGGUGGCACGGUGGCGUGGUGGUUAGCGCUGCUCCCUCACAGCGCCAGGGUCCUAGGUUUGAUUCCGGCCUAGGGGUCUGUCGGUGUGGAGCUUGCAUGUUCUCCUCGUGUCUGCGUGGGUUGCCUCCCACAGUUCAAAGACAUGCUGUUCAGGUUCAGGUUGAUCGGUCAUUCUAAAUUGUGUGUGGUGCACUGCGAUGGACUGGUGUCCCGUCCAGGGUGUAGUCCUGCCUUGCGCCCUGUGUCUGCCGGGUUAGGCU